AUGGCGGAUCCUCUCCAACGCAGCCUCCCCGACGAGAUCUCAAUCUGGGAGAUCCUCGUCCGCCUCCCUCCCAAAGCUCUCCUCCGCUGCCGCGCCGUGUGCCGCGCCUGGCGCAGCGCCACCUCCACCCGCGACUUCCUCCUUGCUCACCACGGACACCAGCUCACCCUUCCCCUCCUCUACGGCUGCACCAACCUCGGCGUCCAAGGCGAGGUCCUAGACAUCAUUCCCUUCGACCACCGCCCAGGGCUAGUCGCCGCCGACCAGCUUCAGUCCGUCGCGCGACUUGGCCUUGGCCUCUCCUAUCCUUGUGUGGAGGCCUCCUGCGACGGUCUCCUCCUCCUCUCCCUAGGCCGGAGAGACUUCUUCGUCUGCAAUCCGGCAACUCGUCAGUAUGCUCCACUCCAACAAAUUUAUGCCUACGUGCUGCUGGGGAUGUACCCGCACAGCCCAACCGGCGAGUACAGAUUAUUGCUCUACUGGGACGAGGAUUUGAUUUAUCCAGAUCUGGCACCUGGCACACAAGAUGGCUCCUAUGUCUUCACAAUAGGCUCCGGCGAGCCGCCCAGGUACACAGGGUACCCUGAUUCAGGCAUAUUGAUGUUUAGCAACUCCAUUUUGUUUCAUGGUAGCCUGCAUUGGCACAUAGACAAGGAUGCGAGCACAAGCAACAUGAUAAUGUUAUUUGACACCACCUCUGAGUCCUUCCGGCAGAUGCGCGCUCCGGUUGUUCCUAGCCACGCUUCCCUGUUUGAGAUGGAUGGAAUGCUCGGCAUGUCCAGCUUUAAUCAUGCAGCCACAACCAUUGAUAUCUUGAUGUCACAAGACUAUGAUAGCGAGGCCUGGGCCUUGAAAUACCGUGUUGAUUUGCCGGUUACAGAUCUCACUGCGCAGUUUGGAAAGUUUACCGAAACUUGGAAUUUGGUGGUCACUUGUUGGAAUGGUGAUGUGCUCAUGCUGAUCAAAUUUGAAUGGAGCGUACACAUUCACAGAACUGCUUCAACCACAGAUAAUGUACCAGUGCAAAUCAUUGAAAGUUACACUGAAAAAUAUCACUACAAGUUACGCUGGAAUACUGGAAAAUACAGAGUAAAAUCACUUUUAAUCAUACACCUAAUAGACGCCCAAAGGGAUCAUAUAACACACACUAGAGGGGGCUUUGAAAUUAAAAGACAGCGGAAGCAGAAAUAA